CUUUUCCUCGGAGCGGUAGAGACGAGUCGAGAGAAGCUACAUAGGGUUGGUCUGAGAACGGGUUAGCCGUUCGGGAAUUUCCGUCAAAGUGUUCGGGAAACAUCGUGCAUUUCCGACUGCGGCUUCGGCUGUUUCCGCUCCGGGGAAGCGCUUGCCGUCGCCAACGGUAACGCUCGGCGUCUUCUUGGCGUCGAGGAGCGCGCUUUCUUUCCUCUCAGGCAAGCAGGCGAGGGACGGAGAGGAGGCCUCGUUGGCUUUCGUUUUCCUCCAGGCCUAGGGACCGGGGCCUCGAGUGAGAGGCAGGCCGGAGACGUGAAGGGUUGCUGGGCUGCGAGGGUUUCUCCUUUCCCCAGGACGAGAGACUCCAGUUCUUCUCAUUCACCUUCAAGGAAACUCUUGUUUAUGGUUGACAGGGCCGAAGAUGGACAGAACCUAUCCUUUCCUUCUCCAAACUGAAUGGGGCUUCGGGCAGGACUUUCUCAAACAGGACCAUUUACAAGCUUCAGAUGUGUAGCGUUUGCCUUUCGAAAUGGCUGUGUACGUUAAUCAUCAAAUAGAAGCUCUUGAGUCCCAUGGACCGCACUUCCACAUUGCGUGGCACCACAUUCAUCCGUUUUUGGCCAUUGCAUCUGUUAAUUCAAAUUCUGGGGGCAGUGUGGGUAUUUUUCUAGAGCAGGGUGAGUAUGCUUGUGAUGCCUACUUGGAAAGAAACUUUCGAGCCACGUGCCUCAACUGGCACCCAUCCAAACAGAUCCUGGCGGUGGGCUGCGAAAUGGGGGACGUAGUGGUGGUGAACAAGCAAGACAAGGAGCAUCAUGCUGUACCUUCCAACCACAAUGCUGAUAUCACAAUCCUAAACUGGAGCACUAAUGGAACCCGGCUAGUUUCUGGUGACAAACUCGGUGUCCUUGUUUUAUGGAGGAUGGACCAGCGGGGUAGAGUUCAAGGCCCCCCACUCCUUAAGCAUGAAUAUGGGAAGCAUCUCAAUUGUUGUAUUUUCCGGCCACCUCCUCCUGGCGAGGACUUGGUGCAGUUGGCAAAAGCGGCAGUGAGUGGUGACGAGAAGGCCUUGGAUAUGUUUAACUGGAGAAAAGCUGGCAUGGGAAUGCCUCUGAAGAUGGGACCCCAGGAAGGACUGUCCUUCUUUAUCAGUACAACUGAUGGAAUUGUGCAUUAUGUGAAUGAAAGAGGGAAAACAAGCCAGGCAUUGACUACAGAGAGUUCAAUUCAAAAACUGCUGUUUAUGGAAAAUGAUGUCUUGGUGGUCAUAACAGAGACACUCCUUUUAUCACUUCAUAAAAUUUCCCUUGAAGGAGAAACAGAGGAACUCUUGAAGGUAAAGCUGAGUGGGAAAAUUGGUCACCCUGCUGAUAUUAUUUUGACUGACCAUAGCCUUCUUAUCACUGCAACAGGGGAACCAGUUGUCAGAUUCUGGGACUUGGAGCGAGGUGAGAACUAUGUAGUGUCUCUGGAUGAACAGUUCGGAUUUGAAGUAGGAGAAUGUGUCAACUGUAUUUCCUAUUGCAGUGCUAAAGGUCUUUUAUCAGGUGGCACAGAUAAAGGGAGAAUAGCUAUGUGGAGGAAAACAUCACUCUCCAGCCAAAAUACAUGGUCGCUGGAAGGAAAGGACAAAUGGAAGCUUCAGGCACCUACUGAGUUGGAAGGGAAUAUCAUUCAAAUACAGUGGGGAUCGAAGAAAAAUUUGUUAGCUGUAAACACAACCAACUCUGUGCAGAUCCUUAGUGAGCAGGCCAUGUGUUCGCAUUUCCACCAGCAAGUGGCAGUGGUGCAGGUUUCUCCAAACUUAUUCAGCGUGACUUCUUUUAGCGACAAGAUGACUGAAAAUCUCCGUCUUGACAUGCGGGUGAAUGGGGUUUUUGCCACUAAGGAUGCUGUAGCCUUUUGGAAUGGAAAGCAAGUUGUUGUCUUUGAACUUUCGGGUGCCACUUUACGAAAUACAGGUUCUUUCAGUUGUGAUUCUCCAGUGCUGGCUAUGCAUGAAGAAAACCUUUACACAGUUGAGCCAAAUCGGGUCCAAGUUCGCACCUGGCAAGGCACAGUUAAGCAGCUACUAGUGUUCUCUGAAUCAGAAGGAAAUCCAUGCCUCCUUGAUGUCUGUGGGAAUUUCCUGACAGUGGGAACAGACUUGGCAAACUUCAAAAUAUUUGAUCUUUCUCGCAGAGAGGCGAAAGUGCACUGCAGCAGUAAGGCUCUGACAGAUCUGCUUCCAGGUACCGGUGGGAUUACAUCUGUCAAAUGCAAUGCAAGUGGAAACAAAGUGAGCAUUCUCAUCAACAAGGCUGAUGGGAGUCUUGAUUCCAAGAUCUGUUUCUAUGACAUUGAAAUGGAUACAGUCACCUUGUUUGAUUUCCAGUCUGGCCAACAGAAAGAUGGCAGGGAGAUUUCCUCCUUUGGACAGGAAGCUGAAGGGAGAAAAAUCUCUGAUCUUCCUGAGCUGUGGGAUCACAUCCCUGUUAGCCACUUCUGGGAUCAAAAUGAGCCGAGGCUUUUCAUCUGUGAAACUGUCCUUGACCCAAAUCAGCAGUCCCUGGACAAGAAACAACAAUCCACAGAAAGCCUAGUGGAUGCUUUGAUUAUAUGCUUUUUCAUUACUGAAGAGCAUGGCCUUUUGCUGCAGGACAGCUUUCCAUUGCCAUCAUCCUACCAGUCUCUCUUAGGCAUGGAGGUGCCACAUUACUAUUUUUCUAGAAAGUUAUUGUUUUGGAGGGGAGCUCUCUAUAAACCUUAUCCAGAAGCAGAGAAGAAAGAUGAGAUGGAGCCUGGUGUGAUAUCGCUUUACCAGAUGGUAGCCAGAAGGCCGAUGCGCGAUUUCGUUGGUCUGGAAGAGUGUGACAAAAGUACGCUUGACGCUGUGCUUAACUUCAGCUUGUAUCUUACAAUUGGCGAUAUGGAUGAAGCCUUUAAAUCCAUCAAACUUAUAAAAAGUGAGGCAGUUUGGGAGAACAUGGCCCGCAUGUGUGUGAAGACCCAAAGGCUGGAUGUGGCCCGAGUCUGUCUGGGGAACAUGGGCCAUGCCCAAGGAGCCAAGGCAUUACGAGAGGCUGAACAAGAGCCAGAGCAAGAAGCCAGGGUUGCCAUGUUGGCAAUCCAGCUGGGCAUGCUGGAAGAUGCGGAGCGACUGUACAAGCAGUGCAAGCGCUAUGACCUCUUAAACAAGUUCUACCAGGCCUCCAACCAGUGGCAGAAAGCCAUGGAAGUUGCCGAGGCGCAUGACCGUGUCCACUUGCGCACUACCUAUUACAAUUACGCCAAGCAUUUGGAAGCUACCGCUGACCUCAGUCUUGCGCUCACCUAUUAUGAAAAGUCAGACACACACAAAUUUGAGGUCCCACGGAUGCUUUCUGAAGAUUUACAGGCCUUGGAGUCUUAUGUCAACAAGAUGAAAGAUAAGGGCUUGUGGAAGUGGUGGGCACAGUACCUGGAAGGUCAGGCAGACAUGGAAGCAGCUUUGAAAUAUUACGAACUGGCUCAAGACUACUUCUCCAUGGUCCGGAUUCACUGUUUCCUGGGCAACAUCCAGAAGGCGGCUGAUAUUGCAAAUGCUACAGGGAACUGGGCAGCCUCCUAUCAUGUUGCCCGCCAGUAUGAGAGCCAUGAUGACAUCAAACAAGCCGUACACUUCUAUACCAGAGCCCAAGCUUUUAACAACGCUAUCCGACUGUGCAAGGAAAACAAUCUGGAUGACCAGCUGAUGAAUCUGGCUCUUCUUAGUUCUCCAGAAGACAUGAUUGAAGCUGCGCGUUAUUAUGAAGGAGGAGGGGAGCAAAUGGACAGAGCAGUCAUGCUAUAUCACAAGGCAGGACACUUGUCCAAGGCCCUGGAGCUGGCCUUUACGACAGAGCAGUUUGCAGCCCUUCAGCUCAUUGCUGAGGAUUUAGAUGAGAAGUCUGACCCAGCUCUUCUGGCUCGUUGCUCUGAUUUCUUCAUUGAACAUGGCCAGUAUGAGAAGGCUGUGGAACUCCUGCUAGCUGCUAAAAAGUACCAGGAUGCUUUGCAGCUUUGCCUGGCACAGAACCUGACCAUCACGGAGGAAAUGGCUGAAAAAAUGACUAUUUCAAAGGAUUCCAAGGAGAUUCCCGAAGAUUCCCGGCGGGCGCUCUUGGAACAGAUUGCCGACUGCUGUAUGCGGCAGGGCAAUUACCACAUGGCCACCAAGAAAUAUACCCAGGCAGGAAACAAGUUGAAAGCAAUGAGAGCCCUCCUGAAAUCGGGUGACACAGAAAAAAUUGUAUUCUUUGCUGGCGUCUCCAGGCAGAGGGAGAUUUACAUCAUGGCUGCAAACUACCUCCAGUCAUUGGACUGGCGCAAGGACCCAGAGAUUAUGAGGAACAUCAUCAGUUUUUAUACCAAAGGGAGAGCUCUUGACCUCCUGGCUGGUUUUUAUGAUGCUUGUGCUCAGGUGGAAGUGGACGAGUACCAAAAUUACGAGAAGGCCCUGGGAGCUCUGACGGAAGCAUACAAGUGCCUGUCGAAGGCAAAGACGCGCAGCCCGGUCGAGCAGGAGAGCAAGCUUGCGCUCUUACACAGCAAGAUGGCCCUGGUGAAAAAGUUCAUUCAGGCCCGAAGGCUUUACUCUGAAGACCCCAAGGAGGCAGCAAGGCAGUGCGAGCUUCUCUUGGAUGAGCCAGAGCUUGACAGCGCCAUCCGCCUGGGAGAUAUCUUAGGCUUCCUAGUGGAGCAUCACCUGCAGACCCAAGAAUUCCAGACGGCUUACCGGUACCUAGAAGAGAUGCGGAAGAAGAUCCCCUGUGUGAACCUUGGUUACUACGUCAGCCAGCAAACCAUGGAGGCCGUCCACCGAGGGCUGGGCCUCCCGCCAAGUCGAAACCCGGCCCCGGAGAGGCUCCGCCACAACAGCCUGGAGGAAAAGGAGGUGGAGGAGGACGUGGCCGAUGAAGCAGAGGCCUUCUGAAAGAAGAAAGGAGCCCGGCCUGGAGCUCUGAAACAGGACAGUCUUCUCAUGUCAUUAGGAAAAAACUGGGAGACAGGCUGGCCCCUCAUCUUGCUUGGUCAGCCAUCUUUUAAUCUGUGUAAAUUAAUCUAUAUAAUUGACUUGGCUCUUUUUAAAAAAAACACACAUUUAAUAUACUUGUUUUAUGCAUUUUAUAUCAAAUUACAAGAUGGAAAGUUUUUGGAAAUCAUUCAGGACAAAGCAUUGCUUUCAUAAACCUCAAAAUACCA